AUGCGGGCCUCGAGGACGCUUCACGAGCCCGAUGGUGCUAGACAAAAUCAAAUGUGGGAGCUCUUGACGAGCAAGGCAGCGAUCCGAGCUUUGAUCGCGGCCACGUGGCUUCUUGAUGCUCGGACACUGCUCGAGCAGCCACUUGUCUGUGAGACGACGACAAUGUCGUCCUCUAUCGAGCUCAUCAAUCCGAGGGCAGAGAGCGUCAGGAGAAGUCAAGCUUUGCUCGUCAAUACGACAGGCGCAGUGGGCUUGGCAAAUGUCGUCCGCUCCAAUUUGGGUCCAAAGGGGACGAUCAAGAUGCUCGUUGAUGGCGCCGGACAGCUCAAGAUGACAAAAGACGGCAAAGUGCUCUUGUCAGAGAUGCAGAUCCAGAAUCCGACGGCAGCGAUGAUCGCUCGUACUGCCGUAGGGCAAGAUGACCAGACUGGCGAUGGCACGACCAGCUUGAUCUUGCUCAUUGGCGAACUGCUCAAGCAAUCCGAACGCUUCACCAGCGAGGGCGUCCACCCGCGCAUCAUUGCAGAAGGCAUCGAGCUCGCUCAGAAGCACAGUCUAGAGUUUCUUGACAGCUUCACUGUACAACAAAAGGGCAAGAUGGACCAUGCCACGCUCGUCUCAGUUGCACACACUUCGCUUUCGACAAAACUGCAUGCUCGGCUCGCGACUGCGCUCGCUCCGGCUGUCGUUGAUGCCGUACUCGCCAUCCGACAGCCACUCGCCAAGCCAGACAGCGUGAAGGAGGACGAGCCAGCGACUUCCAGCAUCGCAUCGACUGUCGCGUCUGCAAUCGCAAAGGUCACGCCUUCAUCCCCGACGACAACGACUGUGCCCACCGCAGAUACGACAGCGCCAGAGAUUGCAGAGGAGACACAAUAUGAGCCCAUUGACCUACACAUGGUCGAGGUGAUGAAGAUGCAGCAUCAGUCGGACCGAGACACUCGACUCGUCCGUGGUCUCGUCAUGGAUCAUGGUGCGAGACAUCCCGACAUGCCUAAGCGACUCGAGAACGCCUACAUUCUCACGCUCAAUGUCAGUCUCGAGUACGAGAAGACAGAGGUCAACUCUGGCUUCUUCUACAAUUCCGCAGAACAGCGAGAAAAGCUCGCAGAGUCAGAGCGACGCUUUGUAGACGCAAAGCUCAAGAAGAUCAUCGAGCUCAAGCGUCACGUCUGCGACGAGGCUAUUGAUGCUCAAGGCAACCCCACAAGCAGCAAGCCAAAGACAUUCGUCGUGGUCAAUCAGAAAGGCAUCGAUCCGCUCAGUCUAGACGUGCUCGCCAAAGAUGGCAUCCUUGCACUCCGACGGGCCAAGCGUAGGAAUAUGGAGAGACUGCAGUUUGCUUGUGGCGGUGUCGCCCAAAACUCGGUCGACGAUCUGACGCCAGACGUGCUCGGCUGGGCCGGUCUAGUCUAUGAGCAUACCCUGGGCGAAGAGAAGUACACCUUCAUAGAGGACGUCAAAGAGCCAAAGAGCGUGACGCUUCUUCUCAAAGGUCCCAACGCGCAUACGAUCAACCAGAUCAACGACGGCAUCAGGGACGGAUUGCGAUCGGUCAAGAACGCACUAGAAGACCGCUCUCUUGUACCGGGCGCAGGUGCUUUCGAGAUCGCUUGCAGCGCUUCCCUGCUCAAGCUCAAAAGCGAGACGAAAGGCAGAGCCAAAAUGGGCAUACAAGCCUUCUCUGACGCUCUCCUGAUCAUACCAAAGAUCUUGGCGCAAAACGGUGGCUAUGACGUACAAGAUGUCAUUGUUGCGUUGCAGGACGAGCAAGCAGAAGGGCAUACGGUCGGCAUCGAUCUGCGGUCAGGCGAACCGCUCGACCCAAUCGUCGAAGGCAUCUGGGACAAUUACAGAGUCAAACGACACUUGCUUCACUCCUGCGGAGUCAUUGCGAUAAACCUACUGAGCUGCGAUGAGAUCAUGCGCGCGGGUCGCUCCUCAUUGAAACCAGAAGGGCCGCCAGGUCAAUAAGCGCAAACGAUGUAUGCAUGCAUCAUGCGAACUUGUCCGUGAGACACCGACGUCUAUGUGAGAGCAGUCGCGCCAAUGCCGAUCCGAGGAAUGGUGUGGUCGAGGUAAACAAGGAAUCUCUCGAGCCAGAAAGAACCUAUGGUGUAUUGUUGCUCAUCAGUUGCU